GUCUUUCCCAGCGGCUGGUGGCGACCGGAGCCGAAGCCGGAGCUGGUGCUGCAGCCUCUGCCGCAGCGCAGAGCAUCCUCCUGGACACACGCAACGAAGCCAUUUGGAAUCACGUUAUUCACCACGACGAAACUGGUCACGUGGAGGCUUUGUUUACGUGGUGACGUGUACCGGAAGCCAUAUGUGACAGUCAAUGGUGACAGCAGCCUCAGCAUCGGUUGCGUUAGCUAUGAAAGACAACUGUUAGCAGGUUAUUGUCAUUGUUUUCUAUCAGUUUAAUAACUUUAAUCGAUAGAGGCGAUAUCGCUACACAUUCACGCUAGCUUCCUUCAAAUAAGUACGUUUUACCUAGCUACCAUUAGCUCUCUCUGCUAGCAAAGUGGACAUCCUCUUGAAGACAGGUCUUGCUUGAGGUUGCUGUAUGUCCACUGAAGCAAUGGCCAGUCCCAAUGACCUGAAAUUCCAAGAGUUUGAGGAAGCUGCAGAUCUGCUGUCUGCAAACCCGGGGGCUUCCACACUCAGUAUGUCCGCCUCAAACCCCACCACAGAAGGAGGAGGAGGAGGAGAGGACGUGAAACUGGACAUGUCAGACGACGAGGGGCCUCAGGAGGAGAGUUCAGAGCUCUUAGGAGGACAGAAACCGAGCGGCGGCUUCUGGACUUUUGAGUACUAUCAGUCUUUUUUCGACGUCGACACUAUGCAGGUCCUGGACAGAGUUAAGGGGUCAGUGAUGCCAUUGCCUGGAAGAAACUUUAUCAAACACUACCUUAGGAGUAACCCAGACUUAUAUGGUCCUUUCUGGAUUUGUGUGACGCUGGUCUUCUCGGUAGCGAUCAGCGGAAACCUGUCCACUCUUAUCCAUGAAAUGAAAAACCCUUCCUACCACUACAAUCCACAGUUCCACAGAGUGACGAUAGCUGCAGUGGUGAUUUUCUUGUAUGCGUGGGUGGUGCCGGUUGGUUUGUGGGGUUUCCUAACCUGGAGGCAAGGGGCUGAGAGGCAGAUGACCGGCUAUUCAUUCCUGGAGACUGUGUGUGUUUACGGCUACUCCCUCUUCAUCUACAUCCCCACCUCAGUUUUGUGGAUCAUACCGUACGAGUGGCUGCGCUGGACUCUGAUCGUGGUUGCCAUGGUGAUCUCCGGCUCAGUCCUGGUCAUCACUUUCUGGCCGGUUGUCCGUGACGACACCAAGGUGAUGGCGGUUGCUACGGUGGCGACCAUCGUGGUUUUGCACACGCUGCUGGCAGUCGGCUGUAAGCUCUACUUCUUUCAGUCGGUGUCCCAUGGAUCAGAACCGUCGACGACAACACCCGCCCCGAUUCACUUAUCCACCAAAGCCCACUGACGAACACAGAGGAAGGUGGUUCGUUACGUCUGGAGUCAGAUCGACAUUAAAACCAUGUGCGAACAGGCCGAGGCAAUGUUGAUUAUUGCCGUUGUAUGAGUUGUCGUGCGCUUCUGUGACGAAGCGACGGGAUGCGUGUGUGUGUGUGUGUGUGUGUGGUUGUUACAUUAAUUUACCCACAGCUAGUUCUUCUUUUUACUUCAUUUGUUCACUGAAGUAGCUACUGUGACAUUUAAUGAUGUGGUGCAUCGGACGUGACUCCCCAGUUUCAGCAACACAACUUCAAAAGUAAUAAUCAAAGGCUACUAAGACACACACACACUAUACAGGAAAACACACUAACAUUGUCCCUCAGCUUUGAAACCUAGCAAGAUAAAUGUAUUUAUUGUUUGCGUGUCCCUAAUUUAUUUUCUACACUUCUGGGAUGUUUAUUCUUAUGAUCAAAGUUGCACAAUUACCUCUUUCUUUUGGACAGUGCAACUGGAGCUACACUAAUUACUUUCAUCUAUUUUCUUUUUCUUUUUAGAUCAUUGUCCAGUUUAUAAAAAUUGGAAAAUAAAUAAGUAGGUUAAUUAAUAUAGAGUUACAUAUAUAUGGAAGCAAAUUUAAAUAUUUCUACCUCUGGUCCUCUUCAUAGCAUAUUAAUUUAUUUAUUAGGUUCAGUUUUUGACGCUUUCGGUCCAUAUUCAUUAUGUGCUUAAAUGAAAGUUAUUGCUGGAAGUCGAAGUCUCCAGAUGUUAAAUUGUAAAUGUCCCUUAAAUUCUCAUCCAGCACUUGUUAAAUACUUACCUAGAAAAACGAUGACGCUGACAUGAAUUCUGACCAUAGAAGGUGAACGAAGUCGUCAGUAUUUUGUUUGCACGCUUAGUCCUGUUACUCAGCCGCUGUUACAGUCGAGACUAGAUCAGUGCUCAGAGUCAAAACACUGCACCUUGUCAAAGUUCUCCCAUGAACGCCGUGUGCGUCAGCCACAUGUGUGAGAACGGGAGUCAUUCCAGAUGCUAGUACUUUGUUAUGAAUGUGUGAUGCACCACAUCACCUCUCCUCAGAACUGAACCUUCACUCUUCUUUGUUUGCAUCAUGGUUUCUUGAAAAUUUUCUGAAAUGGUUCAUGUAUAGUGAAGUGAUGGUAUUUAUUCCCUACUGUGAUGCAAUUUAGGGGUUUUUGUUAAUAAAUCUAGAAUAUUUCA